AUGGAAGAAAAUGAAGGCUUUGAAGAUGAUCAUGUGAGCGAUGAGGAGACAAUAAGUGACAUUAUUUCUGGAACUCUCAGAGUCGGCACUGGACGUGUCAUUCCUAAAAAGUUUCACCCUGCUAGUACCAGUGAUACUCCGCAGUCACUUUUCCCACCUCGAAUCAGUGAAAGAGCCAUACCACCUGUGUGCCGGUUCAUUCAUCCAACCAACUCCAAACAAUUCCUUAUCUACACGGACGGUGCAUGCUUAGACAACGGCAGAGUGAACCCCAGAGCUGGCUGUAGCUUUGUUUUCAAGCCUUCCACACAACAACCUCAACGCCCUGGCUACAUACGCUUUCCCCUUGAAAAUGGAGGGCCUACUGGUGAAGUUCAUCCGCAAACAAGCAACCGGGCAGAGCUACGCGCCGUUAUUGCAGCUUUACGAUUCCGGUCCUGGUCCGGUGAAGGGUUCAACAGUCUCGUGAUUGCGACGGAUUCCGAAUAUGUUGUUGAGGGCGUGACAUCCUGGGUACGUGGAUGGCUACGGAGAGGCUGGAGGACGAGCACAGGAGCAGCGGUCAAGAACCGGGACCUUUGGGAGUGUUUACUUGGAGAAAUAGAACGAAAGGAUGGCCAUGGCCUUCAAGUCAAAUUCUGGCAUAUUCCAAGAGGUUGGAAUACCGAUGCGGACUACCAUGCUAAACAUGCUGCUUCUGAGGAUACACGAGGCAGCUUCUCAGAUAUUGCAGGUGUGCUUGUCUGA